AUGAGAUAUUUAAAGGUCAUCGCGGCGCUCGGCAGGCAGUGUACCUUCGUCUGUGUCCCCGUGCACUUCCCUUCGGCUGCUGAGGAGACCACUGUGUUCAGAAUGAGUGUGAAACUUGCGAUGCUGGUCCUUGCGGGGGUGUGCUCUGCCCUCCCCGCUAAACUACCAGGGCACGUUGCAACUGGGUACGUCCCGCCAGGACAUGCCGCACCAGGGCAUGCCACAGAAGGACAUACCGCACCAGGGCACGGCAUCCCACCAGGGCAUAACUUCUCCUUCCAGUCGAGCUCCUCCUCGUCCAGCUCUGGUUCGUCUUCGAGCCAGAACUCCUCCUCGUCCAGCUUUUCAUCAUCGUCUUCUGGGUUUAACUUCGACAGCUCUUCGUCCAACUCAGCGUCUUCUGCGUCAGAUAGCUCCUCCUCGUCCUCAUUCUCGGGAUCUGGAUUUGGCAACUUCAACGGCGCAGGAGGAUUCUUUGGCGCUGGAGGACUGCCCAAAGUUGAAGGAGUCUCCAGCCAAGGAGGCUUCCACGCCCUCAACAACUUCCUCAGUUCAAACGGAUUGAACGGCUUGUCUGGGUUAUUUGGCGGCAAUAGAGGAUCUGGCGGCCAUGGCUCCUCCGCUGGAUCGCAGGCAUCAUUCGCCGGGGCAGCAGCACACGCUGGAUCAUCUGUCGGCUCUCAGGCAGGCGGCCAUGCAGGCAGCACGAGUGGUGCCCACACAGUAGUUGCAUCGUCUGCUGGCACUCAAGGCUCAAAUGUUGGCACUCAAGGAUCAACGGGUGUGGCUCACGGAUCUUCUAACUUCCAGUCUGGAACACAAGGCUCAAAUUCUGGAUCCCAAGAAUCCUCUGCUGGUUUCCAGUUCGGCACUCAUGGGUCAGCUGCCGCAACCCAAGGAGUUUCAGGAUCAGCUGUUGGAGUCCAAGGGUCUGCCACUACUGGCCAGUCUCAUGGAGUAGCUACUGGAGCAGAAGGAUUUUCUGGUGAAUCCCAGGUUGGAACCCAAGGCUAUUCAGCUGGGUCUUCAAUUCAUUCCCAGUCAGGAGAGGCAGGCGCUCAGGGAUCUUCUUCUAAUACUCAAUCUGGGACACAGGGCUCUACUGCCGGAGGAUUUGGACUGUCUGCAGGAGUACAAGGCUCUGAUGGAACUCAAGGACUGAAUACUGGCAGCCAAAGCUCUGCUGGUGAAACCCAAACUGGAACCCAGGGGCUUUCCGGUGAAUCCCAGUUUGGAACCCAAGGACAUUCAGCCGGAUCUUCCAUCGAUUUCCAGGCUGGCGCUGAGGGAGCAAGUGCUGUAACUCAGGGGUCUUCACUCGGUCUUCAGGGAACACAGGGAUCAGCUUUUGGCAUCCAAGGAUCCUCUGCCGGGACUCAAGGAUUCACUGGAACCCAACAUUCCGCCACUGGUUUCCAGACAAAUACACAAGGAUCGAGUCUCGGAACCCAGGGAUUUUCUGGUGAAGGCCAGGUCGGAACCCAGGGAUUUUCUGGCGUAUCCCAGGUUGGAACUCAAGGAUAUACUGGUGAAACCCAGCUCGGUAUCCAGGGAUUUUCUGGUGAAACCCAAGUCGGAACCCAGGGAUUUUCUGGUGAACCCCGGUCGGAACCCAGGGAUUUUCUGGUGAAGCCCAGGUCGGAACCCAGGGAUUUUCGGUGAAUCCCAGGUCGGAACCCAGGGCUUUUCCGGUGUAACCCAGGUGGGAACCCAAGUUGGAACCCAGGGAUUUUCCGGUGAAACCCAG